GCGGCAGCGGCCGGAGGGAGACUUGCGGGGCGCGCCCGCCACCGUGGACCGGGACGCUUCCCCUAGGGGACCCUCCGUCGACACCCUCCGCCGCGCCGUCCCGCAGGAGCCGGCGGGACCCCCGGCCGGCAGGGAGCGCCGGCGGCGGCGGCGGCGGCGGCGGCGGCACCAUGAGGCGACCGUGGGGCGCGCUGCUGCUUGGCGCCCUGCUCUGCGCACACGGCCUAGCCAGCAGCCCCGAGUGUGCUUGUGGUCGGAGCCACUUCACGUGUGCAGUGAGUGCCCUCGGCGAGUGUACCUGCAUCCCCGCCCAGUGGCAGUGUGAUGGAGACAACGACUGCGGGGACCACAGCGAUGAGGACGGAUGUAUGCUACCCACCUGCUCCCCUCUUGACUUUCACUGUGACAAUGGCAAGUGCAUCCGCCGCUCCUGGGUGUGUGACGGGGACAACGACUGUGAGGACGACUCGGAUGAGCAGGACUGUCCCCCGCGGGAGUGUGAGGAAGACGAGUUCCCCUGCCAGAAUGGCUACUGCAUCCGGAGCCUGUGGCACUGCGAUGGUGACAACGACUGUGGUGACAACAGCGAUGAGCAGUGUGACAUGCGCAAGUGCUCCGACAAGGAAUUCCGCUGCAGCGAUGGAAGCUGUAUCGCUGAGCACUGGUACUGCGAUGGCGACACUGACUGCAAAGAUGGCUCUGAUGAGGAGAGCUGUCCCUCGGCAGUGCCAGUGCCCCCCUGCAACCUGGAGGAGUUUCAGUGUGCCUACGGCCGCUGCAUCCUCGAUAUCUACCACUGCGAUGGUGAUGAUGACUGCGGAGACUGGUCGGACGAGUCUGACUGCUCCUCCCACCAGCCCUGCCGCUCUGGGGAGUUCAUGUGUGACAGUGGCCUGUGCAUAAACGCGGGCUGGCGCUGUGAUGGCGACGCGGACUGUGAUGACCAAUCUGAUGAGCGCAACUGCACCACCUCGAUAUGUACGGCGGAACAGUUCCGCUGUCGGUCAGGCCGCUGCAUCCGUCUGUCCUGGCGUUGUGACGGGGAGGACGACUGUGCGGACAACAGCGAUGAAGAGAACUGUGAGAACACAGGAAGCCCCCACUGUGCCUCGGACCAGUUCCUGUGUUGGAAUGGGCGCUGUAUCGGGCAGAGGAAGCUGUGCAAUGGGGUCAAUGACUGUGGGGACAGCAGCGACGAAAGCCCACAGCAGAGCUGCCGGCCCCGGACGGGUGAGGAGAACUGCAAUGUUAACAAUGGUGGCUGCACCCAGAAGUGCCAGAUGGUGCGGGGGGCAGUGCAGUGUACCUGCCACACAGGCUACCGGCUCAUCGAGGACGGACGCACGUGCCAGGAUGUGAAUGAAUGUGCCGAGGAGGGGUACUGUAGCCAGGGCUGCACCAACAGCGAGGGGGCUUUCCAGUGCUGGUGCGAAGCAGGCUACGAACUCCGGCCUGACCGGCGCAGCUGCAAGGCUCUGGGGCCGGAGCCUGUGCUACUGUUCGCCAACCGCAUCGACAUCCGGCAGGUGCUGCCGCACCGCUCUGAGUACACACUGCUGCUCAACAACCUGGAGAACGCCAUCGCCCUCGACUUCCACCACCGGCGUGAGCUUGUCUUCUGGUCCGAUGUCACCCUGGACCGGAUCCUCCGCGCCAACCUCAAUGGCAGCAAUGUGGAAGAGGUUGUGUCUACAGGGCUCGAGAGCCCAGGGGGCCUGGCUGUGGAUUGGGUCCAUGACAAACUCUACUGGACCGACUCAGGGACAUCAAGGAUUGAGGUGGCUAACCUGGACGGGGCCCACCGGAAGGUGCUUCUAUGGCAGAACCUUGAGAAGCCCAGGGCCAUUGCCUUGCACCCCAUGGAGGGUACCAUUUACUGGACAGACUGGGGCAACACCCCCCGCAUCGAGGCCUCCAGCAUGGAUGGCUCUGGACGCCGCAUCAUCGCCGAUACCCAUCUCUUCUGGCCCAACGGCCUCACCAUUGACUAUGCCGGGCGUCGUAUGUACUGGGUGGACGCUAAGCACCACGUCAUCGAGAGGGCCGAUCUGGACGGGAGUCACCGCAAGGCUGUCAUUAGCCAGGGCCUCCCGCAUCCCUUUGCCAUCACCGUGUUUGAAGAUAGCCUGUACUGGACAGACUGGCACACCAAGAGCAUCAAUAGUGCUAACAAGUUUACUGGCAAGAACCAGGAGAUCAUUCGCAACAAACUGCACUUCCCCAUGGACAUCCACACCUUGCACCCCCAGCGCCAGCCUGCAGGGAAAAACCGCUGUGGGGACAACAACGGAGGCUGCACCCACCUGUGUCUUCCCAGUGGACAGAACUACACCUGUGCCUGCCCCACUGGCUUCCGCAAGAUCAGCAGCCAUGCCUGUGCCCAGAGUCUUGACAAGUUCCUGCUUUUUGCCCGAAGGAUGGACAUCCGUCGGAUCAGCUUCGACACAGAGGACCUGUCCGAUGAUGUCAUCCCACUGGCUGACGUGCGCAGUGCUGUGGCCCUUGACUGGGACUCCCGGGAUGACCACGUGUACUGGACGGAUGUCAGCACUGACACCAUCAGCAGGGCCAAGUGGGAUGGAACAGGACAGGAGGUGGUAGUGGAUACCAGUUUGGAGAGCCCGGCAGGCCUGGCCAUUGAUUGGGUCACCAACAAGCUGUACUGGACAGAUGCAGGGACAGACCGGAUUGAAGUGGCCAACACGGAUGGCAGCAUGAGAACAGUACUCAUCUGGGAAAACCUUGAUCGUCCCCGGGACAUCGUAGUGGAACCCAUGGGCGGGUACAUGUAUUGGACGGACUGGGGUGCAAGCCCCAAGAUUGAACGAGCUGGCAUGGAUGCCUCAGGUCGUCAGGUCAUCAUCUCUUCUAAUCUGACGUGGCCUAAUGGAUUAGCCAUUGACUAUGGGUCCCAGCGGCUAUACUGGGCUGAUGCCGGCAUGAAGACGAUUGAAUUUGCCGGACUGGAUGGCAGCAAAAGGAAGGUACUGAUUGGAAGCCAGCUGCCCCACCCAUUUGGGCUGACCCUCUACGGAGAGCGCAUCUAUUGGACUGACUGGCAGACCAAGAGUAUUCAGAGUGCCGACCGGCUGACGGGACUGGACCGGGAGACCCUGCAGGAGAACCUGGAAAACCUCAUGGACAUCCACGUCUUCCACCGCCGGAGACCCCCAGUGUCCACACCAUGCGCUACGGAGAAUGGCGGCUGCAGCCACCUGUGUCUUCGGUCCCCAAAUCCAAGUGCCUUCAGCUGUACCUGCCCCACAGGCAUCAACCUGAUGCCUGAUGGCAAGACCUGUUCACCAGGCAUGAACAGUUUCCUCAUCUUCGCCAGGAGGAUAGACAUACGCAUGGUCUCCUUGGACAUCCCUUAUUUUGCCGAUGUGGUGGUACCAAUCAACAUUACCAUGAAGAACACCAUUGCCAUUGGAGUGGAUCCCCAGGAAGGAAAAGUGUACUGGUCAGACAGCACGCUGCACAGGAUCAGCCGUGCCAAUCUGGAUGGCUCACAGCAUGAGGACAUCAUCACCACAGGGCUGCAGACCACAGAUGGGCUCGCAGUGGAUGCCGUUGGCCGGAAAGUGUACUGGACAGACACGGGAACCAACCGGAUUGAAGUGGGCAACCUGGACGGGUCCAUGCGGAAGGUGUUGGUGUGGCAGAACCUUGACAGCCCCCGUGCCAUUGUACUGUACCACGAGAUGGGGUUCAUGUACUGGACAGACUGGGGGGAGAAUGCCAAGUUAGAGCGGUCUGGAAUGGAUGGCUCAGACCGUACCGUGCUCAUCAGCAACAACCUAGGGUGGCCCAAUGGACUGACUGUGGACAAGGCCAGCUCCCAACUGCUCUGGGCUGAUGCCCACACGGAGCGAAUUGAGGCUGCUGAUCUGAAUGGUGCCAGUCGGCACACCCUGGUGUCACCUGUGCAGCACCCAUAUGGCCUCACCCUGCUCGACUCCUAUAUCUACUGGACUGACUGGCAGACCCGUAGCAUCCACCGUGCCGACAAGGGUACUGGCAGCAAUGUCAUCCUGGUGAGGUCCAACCUGCCAGGCCUCAUGGACAUCCAGGCUGUGGACAGGGCACAGCCACUGGGUUUUAACAAGUGCAGCUCGAGAAAUGGUGGCUGCUCUCACCUCUGCCUGCCUCGGCCCUCUGGCUUUUCCUGUGCCUGCCCCACUGGCAUCCAGCUGAAGGGAGAUGGGAAGACCUGUGACCCCUCUCCUGAGACCUACCUGCUCUUCUCCAGCCGCGGCUCCAUCCGGCGUAUCUCACUGGACACCAGCGACCACACAGACGUGCACGUGCCCGUUCCCGAGCUCAACAAUGUCAUCUCCCUGGAUUAUGACAGUGUGGAUGGAAAGGUCUAUUACACAGAUGUGUUCCUGGAUGUUAUCAGGCGAGCAGAUCUGAAUGGCAGCAACAUGGAGACGGUGAUCGGGCGUGGGCUGAAGACCACCGAUGGGCUGGCAGUGGACUGGGUGGCCAGGAAUCUGUAUUGGACAGAUACAGGCCGAAAUACCAUUGAAGCAUCGAGGCUAGAUGGUUCCUGCCGCAAAGUGCUGAUUAACAACAGCCUGGAUGAACCUCGGGCCAUUGCCGUUUUCCCCAGGAAGGGGUACCUCUUCUGGACAGACUGGGGCCACAUUGCCAAGAUUGAACGGGCGAACUUGGAUGGCUCUGAGCGGAAGGUCCUCAUCAACACAGACCUGGGUUGGCCCAAUGGCCUUACCCUGGACUAUGAUACCCGCAGGAUCUACUGGGUGGAUGCCCAUCUGGACCGGAUUGAGAGCGCUGACCUCAGUGGGAAGCUCCGGCAGGUCUUGGUCAGCCACGUGUCGCACCCCUUUGCUCUCACUCAGCAGGACAGGUGGAUCUACUGGACAGACUGGCAGACCAAGUCAAUCCAGCGUGUUGACAAGUACUCAGGCCGGAACAAGGAGACGGUGUUGGCGAAUGUGGAGGGACUCAUGGAUAUCAUCGUGGUUUCCCCUCAGCGGCAGACAGGGACCAAUGCCUGUGGUGUGAACAACGGCGGCUGCACCCACCUCUGCUUUGCCAGAGCCUCAGACUUUGUAUGUGCCUGUCCUGACGAGCCUGAUGGCCGGCCCUGCUCCCUUGUACCUGGCCUGGUGCCCCCAGCUCCCAGGGCUACCAGCGUAAGUGAAAGGAGCCCCGUGCUACCCAACACGCUACCGACGACCUUGCGUUCUUCUACCAGCUGGACCCGCACAUCUCUGGAGGAGGUGGAAGGGAGAUGCUCUGAAAAGGAUGCCCGGCUGGGCCUCUGCACGUAUUCCAAUGAGGCCGUACCUGCUGCUUCAGGGGAAGGACUUCAUGUCAGCUAUGUCAUCGGUGGACUCCUCAGCAUUCUGCUUAUUCUGGUGGUGAUCGCGGCUUUGAUGCUGUACAGACACAAAAAAUCCAAGUUAACUGAUCCUGCAAUGGGGAACCUGACCUACAGCAACCCUUCCUACCGAACUUCCACUCAGGAAGUGAAAAUUGAAGCAAUCCCCAAACCAGCCAUGUACAAUCAACUGUGCUAUAAGAAAGAGGGUGGACCUGACCAUAACUACACCAAGGAGAAGGUCAAGAUUGUAGAGGGGAUCUGCCUCCUGUCUGGGGACGAUGCUGAGUGGGAUGACCUCAAGCAACUGCGCAGCUCCCGAGGGGGCCUCCUUCGGGAUCAUGUAUGCAUGAAGACAGACACCGUGUCCAUCCAGGCCAGCUCUGGCUCCCUGGAUGACAUGGAGACGGAGCAGCUGUUGCAGGAAGAGCAGUCUGAGUGCAGCAGCGUCCAUACCGCAGCCACUCCUGAAAGACGGGGCUCCCUGCCAGACACAGGCUGGAGACACGAACGCAAGCUCUCCUCAGAGAGCCAAGUCUAAACGCCCAUGUUCCCUUCCCUUCCUACCUGCUCCUUCUCCUUGGUGGGCUUCAGUCCCUGAGCUCGCUUAUACAGCAGGCCCCUUUCCUGUGUGCUCGUCCUGCGCCGCCUCCUCCCGCCUCGUAACUGCUCCCAAGCCCUCCACUGGAGCUGUUUCCACCUGGGUUCGUAACUACCUGUGCACAAGAAAUGAUGGGGCAUCCUGAGAAUUUAGACCUGGAUUUUACCACGAACCUCACCUCAUGCACGCCAUCCUGAGCCCCCUUGAAACCAGGCUCAGUAAUGAUUCCUCGUCAGUACAGAGCUCCACCUCCCCUUCCCCUGGCACCCUCAGUGCCUGCCCCCCAAGAGCUGAUGAUCCAGGACUGCACUCGCUCCAUCAGAGCUGGCCUGACCGCAUCUCUGAGGGAACUUGCUGACCGGGGGGCUGGGGCGGGGGGGUGGGGGGUCAUGGGUAAAGAGAGAGAUGAAGGAUAGAGGCUGAGAGAAGGAGGAGUCAGCCCAGCUGGCAUGGGCAUCUGGAAAACCUCCAGCCUCGAGUGCAUUGGCAACAUGAAAAAGCUUUUAAGGGUGAUUGGGCCUGGGUGUCCUCUCCACUGCCGGCCGUGGCUAUUAUUCUUGCCCUGACAGUUGUUGUUUCUUCAGCUGCAGAUACUGAUGAGGUCUGGGUAUGGCUCAAGCUGUUCUUCCUCCUGCUAGAAUGUCUGGAGCCUUUUCUACCUUCAGAUGACUGGGGGGGUCUCUACCACAUGGCCGCUGGCUAAUACGAAUUCCCUCCUGCUGCCUCCAGCUUGUGAGCCGGUGUCUUGAAUGCGUGUGGGACCCUCAGGGGUGGGUCUCUGCAGUGUCUGAGAAGCACUGCUUAGACCAGUCUUAGCACAUCUUCUGAACUAUAAUGUUCUGCCACUUUCUCCUUCCUCAUUCUCUGGGAUUCUGAGCACAGAGAUCCUGAAGCAACUCUCCAAAGCAGGGCCAGAAGUUUUCACACAUGGUCAGGAAGAGUGAUUGGUUUAGAGACUUGAGGCACCCAGGGCUUAAAGGGAAGUAUCCAUGAAGCUGAGCCUCCUGUGUUCUCUCUCAGGUGCUCAGGGAUCUAAGUGAGUAGACAGAGCCUGUGGCUGUGGGUGGUGAAGUUCCCAUUCCGACUCUUCCCAGCUAAGUGACUCCCUUUUCAUGCUGAGGUGCCAUCACUUGGUUCAUGCUUAUUCACACAAAAGGCAUGUGUGUCACACUAGUGUCAAGGGAGUUGAGACUUUUUACUGUCCUAAAACUUCUACCUAGCUCUUCUUUUUUGGGGAGGAGGGGAGGUGCCUAAUUUACUUUUUCUGACCUAGCCUUGUAGGCACGUAUGGUGAAGAGGCCUAAAUAAAGAUGCAGAGUGGGGGGCAAGGAGUAGGAAGGUAGAGAGAACCACUGAGGAAGCCCUUUCAGCCCAGGGCAGAUCCAGACCUCUUUCACCCAGGGAUCAAAAGCAACAACAGGAACUGAGAAUGGAGUGGGGGUGCUUCAAGGGGAAUUUUCCAGAUUUGAAACACGUCCAGGGGUUCUUGGUAUUGAGAAAUCAGCUGCCAAACAUGUGAGUGAAAAGGGAAGAUCAGAGCAAACCUUUUCUGGUCAGGUCUAAGACCGCUAGAGACAGGUGCCAGGCUCUCAGCCCUGCUCGCAGUAGCCAGCCCCAGGUCUAGACCCUCAUAGGACAGCCAGGCCAGGCCAAGCAGGCUUUUCCAGUACACAGAGUGGGAAAGGAAAGGUCCUCCUCCUGGGAGGAAAGGGGGACAUUUCACACUUGAUGGGGCAGUAAAAGAAGGAGCCCUUUGGGUCCUCAGACUCACGGUUGGGCAUGGGGAGAAAGUAGCAAAGUGGCAUUUUCUUGAACGGAAAGGGGGAAGGAUCUUAUUGCACUUGGGCUGUUCAGAAUGUAGAAAGGACAUAUUUGAAGAAAUAUCUAUUUGAGCACUGAUUUACUAUGUAAAAAGCAAAAUCUCUCUGUCCUAAACUAAUGGAAGUGACUCUCCCACGCUCAUGUGUAAUGGUUUUAACGUUACUCACUGGAGAGAUUGGACUUUGUGGAGUUAUUUAACCACUAUGUUCAGUAUUUUAGGACUUUAUGAUAAUUUAAUAUAAAUUUAGCUUUUCUUAAUCACCUUGCCUGGCUUGGAGUCAUGACUAAUAACUGCACCUGCUCUGUCUGGCAGAAACAUGCUGUGGAAGACCUGCUUGCAAACAUCACCUCUAAGUCCCUUGGGGAUGUGAGGACACUGAAGAGCAAUAAAGGGUGGGAGGUUCCUGGCUGGAGGUUCAGCUCAUCUUGAAAAGACAGGUUAAGACCAGAGUUCAUUGGCUUCUGAAAUCCUUAUUUCCUCUAGAGGAGGGUGGCUGAUAGGUUUCAUCUUGAGUGCCAACUCUGGUUGGUCAUGGCUGCCUGAGGUUCUGUCCAGACCCAAUGGGAAAAGUGUCAUGAUGGUUAGUGGUGUCUCCUUUGGGCACCAAAAGGAAGUGUCAUGGCAUGUAUACCAUGUAUCUUCUAUUUCUGUUCUAGGUCUACGAGGACUUCAGUGUCACAGAACUUGACUUUGCCUUUCAGUGAUGGUCACUGGCAAGACUGUCUGAUGUCUUGAAAUAAAAGUACUGGGAUGGGGACAAGAAGGGCUAAUUCCAGUCCUAGAUCUGCCUCUAGCUCUGUUUGAUCUUAGUCAUGUUUCACAGUUACUCUGAGAAUGGGUCAAUCAACACUAAGAUUCCUUUUAUUUUUAAAAAGCUGUCUACUCAUAGCUCAUCCACUACAUCUCAAGCCUAGAACAAGGCAUUGGGGAUCUCUUUUCAGGUAUCUGGACAAAUAAUACCUCUCAGUGAAGAUGGGGAAUCAUGCAAGUCUUAAUGCCAGUUAUAGAAUUUGAUGUCAAGGGUCAAUAGUUGAUUUUCUAAGCCAUAAACCAUUUAUAGAACAUUGCUCCCAUUCAUUCAUUCAUCUGCUAGGGGCUGGACACUACCCAAGCAUGACCAAGAAAGAUUAUCACAGAGCUUAGAGUCUACCAACAACCCCACCCCCCCAAAAAAAAAGAAAAAGAAAGCAAGAAGGACGGAAUCCUUUUGAAUGUAAGUGACAAGAGAUCUGAGUAUAAACUGCAGUGUAUAAUUCUUCCAACUUUGGUGAGGGACAGAUGUGCUAGAACAAAAAUAAGUGGAAUAGCUCAAGGACAACCAUCCACCAUUCUUUUUUGGGAAAAAAAACCCCAAAAAGCACAACAGAGAGAAAAAGAGGACAUUUGAAGCAAUGAAAUCUAGCCUAAUGCACAAGCCUGUAUACCUGUAGGAAGUACCCCUUUCCAGAGCCUCAGAAUAAGUGCCCUUUUCCAUAGCCUCAAGCUAUGAACAGUGACCACUAGAGCUGGGAACUCAGGAAGAACUUUUCAAAUGGGAAGAAAAAAUGAAUGCAUUGAACACACACCAUUUGCUUGCAAAACUGCAAGUGUUUCUGGAAGAACAAAAUAUGUUGAGUGCGUUUUGCUAAACUGUGACAAUCCUGCUGCUUCAGAAGGGGAUGGGAGAGGACCUGAUGGCCCAGGUCUUGACGAGAAUUUGACCACUGGCAAAUGAGAAUUUUGUAACAGCGUCAAGGACUAGCACCCUGUUUUCAGGUUAUGCUGGCUCUUAGUUUCCUAAUCAGUAAAAUGGAAAGGCUGAACCAGAUGAUUGCUAAGGUCAUUUCUGGCCUGAGACUUCUAUUUAUGUUCCUUCCAGGAAAUCUUGGGGCUGAAACAAGAGUUGAGAAUUCCCUGUCUGGUUUUCUGGAUAUAAAACCUAAAAAUGAUAAGUAGGGAGAUUUUGAGUCAAAUUCUAACAAACGGGGCAUAUUUUUGCAAACUAAUUAUGUUCAAAAUAUAGUCACUGCCUUUCUUUCUAUAUUAUUUGAACUGUGCAACCUAAAAUGAAAAGAUCUCUGUAGCCUGUAAAGAGGUCUCCAUGGCAUGAACUGAAGCUUUCACCAAACCUAGGCCUGAAGAAAACAAAGUCAGUGCUGCAUAGGAAGCUGGAAAAAGCAUCUACAAGAGCUAAGGGUGCAUGAUGUUCUAAGUGUAAUGCACUGACACUCAAGGGCAUCUUUAGUCAUUUCUACUAAUGGAAAUGAUAAAAGAAAUGUGGUUGAGCCUUUUUUUGUGGCUAAGAAACAGUCUAUGUCUUUUCUUCGUAUUUGAAGAUGACUCAACUGAUCCGGUUAAUAGGAUGUGUGUUUGGGGAAUGUUUCAGGCAGCCUUUGUUUUGAAACAUUCCCUCACUUGCCCAUUAUUUUCUCUCCAGAUCAUUCUUCCAUUAACCAGCUGACAGAGGCUAAGCAGAGCUCAGCACAGGGAACAGAGUUUUAUUUCCAGUCAAGGCUCCACCUCACAACUUUGGAUUCCUUCACCAGGUGCCUUUAAAACAGAUCCAGACAGCCUAAUUAAGGGUCUGAGUUUAAAUUCAAGGCUGAGGUUAGCCCCAGGCUAUACAAUUUGCUUAUUUCAUUUUACAAGACACAAAGAGCCAAGAACUCCCACUUAUCCUGCCCUUCUCAGUGGUUUUUCCUCCAGCCCCUAAAAGCCUGUUGACAGCUUGCUAACGAGGUCCCUAUCUUUCCCUCCUGCCUACUUCCUUUUUGGUGGAGCUGAUCCUUCUGUGGUCAAAGUUCUUGGGCAGCCUACAUUUUGGGGCCUAUGGGAAAAAUGGGCUAUGAGAAAAGAGAAAAAAAAGCUGUCCAUUCCUUCAAUCAACUGGCACCUUUAAAUGCAACCAAGUGCAAGAUGGGAUAGGCUUUGCAGUCUUGGAGGCCAGUCAAGGAACUGAACCCAUAGACACUUGACAUCUGUGUUAAUGCCACCACUGCUGUCUCCAGGGAAUAAUGCAGGGUGCACCCGGACUGAAAGUUGAAGUUAAUCGUUGAAGCUGCUCCUUUUAGGCUGGAAGUAUGGAUCCAUGUCCCAUGCUAGGGAUGUUUCCACCAAAAUGUAGCUUGUGAUUAUGAUGGAAUGAGCACUGUCCCAACACUAGUAGACUUCUCAGAAAGGCUCAGCACAGUUACUCAGCAGCCACAACGUUUGGCAUUUGUUUCCUACUUGCAGUUGCAAUAAUAUAGUGUUCACUUAGAUAUCUAAUGCCCACAAGGGUUUCACUGUCCUAUUAUUAACCUCCAUAUGUGGAACUGAGAGACCCCAGGAAUAAAGUAGGUACACAUAACUCUAAUACAUACAUAGAUAAAUGCCAUUUGAUGAUAAUCCUAGACUGGCCAAACAUUUAUUGAGCAUCUACUAUGGGCAAGGUACUGUAUUAGGUUUCUACAAGGCUCUACAGAAUCUGCCAUUCCCUUCUCUCCAUUAUCAGACCUCAGCUCCUACUACCUUCCUGCUGCCAACUACUCUGCUCCAGCUAUACUGGCCACCCUGUUUCUCAAACCUGCCAGAUAUGCUCCCAACUUAGGGUCUUUGCAUAGCUGUUCCCUAUGGCUGGCACUUUCUUCCUCUAGAUAUACUCACAGUGAACUGCUUUGCCUUACUCAAGUUUUUGCUCAAAUGUGAUCUCAGUGAAACUCUGACCACCCUUUAUAAAAUUACAGUCCUUCCAACUCCACUUCCCAAUCCCUUUUACCUUGUUUUAUUCUUUUCUAUUUUCCCAUUGCACAUAUUGUCUAAUAAUAUACCAUAUGAUUUUUUGUUUGUUUCCUCACUAUAAUGUGAGCACCACGAGGAGAAGGAUUUUUUGAGAGGAGGGGGUCUAUUUUGUUCACUGAUAAUCCCAAAUGCCUAGUACAGUCCCUGCACAUACUAGAUGCUCAAUAAAUAUUUGUUGAAUGAAUGAAUACAUUAAUGGAAUCAGACAUCUAAUGCCCACCUUCUAGUGGGGCUGCACUUAAACCAUAUAAGACAAAAAGGGAUUUUGCCAUCUUGUUCUAAAACUCUCCAGGGUCUAGACUCUGCACGUUACUUAAUGAUCAGAUUCCAGGUUACCAUCACUCUCUACUUAAAUGUAAUCUUCAGUUUAUUUCUGGUAAUAUUUAUUUUUUUAUUUUUUAUUUUUUUGCGGUACACGGGCCACUCACCGCCACGGCCCCUCCCGCCGCCAAGCACAGGCUCCGGACACGCAGGCCCAGCGGCCCCACGGCACGUGGUACCCUCCCGGACCGGGGCACGAACCCGUGUCCCCCGCAUCGGAAGGCGGACUCCCAACCACUGCGCCACCAGGGAAGCCCUCUGGUAAUAUUUAAAUAAAGUAAACAUGCCAAUGAUCAAUGACUGAAGAAGACUAUUUCUAUAUAUUUCUAGCCUGUUUCUCAAAAGUUAUUGUGGACUUCCCUGGUGGUGCAGUAGUUAAGAAUCCAUCUGCCAAUACAGGGGACACAGGUUCAAGCCCUGGUCUGGGAAGAUCCCACAUGCCGUGGAGCAACUAAGUCUGUGCACCACGACUACUGAGCCUGCGCUCUAGAGCCUGCGAGCCACAACUACCAAGCCCGCAUGCCUCAGAUACUGAAGCCCGCACGCCUGUAGCCUGUGCUCUGCAACAAGAGAAGCCACCGCAAUGAGAAGCCCGCGCACUGCAACGAAGAGUAGCCCCCACUCACCACAACUAGAGAAAGCCCACGCGCAGCAACGAAGACCCAACACAGCCAAAAAUAAAUAAACUAAUUAAUUAAUUUUAAAAAAAGGUUAUCGUGAGCUUUUUGCUUCAAUUGGCUCCUCUCUCCUACCUCCACCUGUGGAUCUGUCCUCAUCUCUUAUCUUUUCACUCUCUCCACUCUGUGGUCUCAUCCACAAUUUCAUCUUUUCACUUUAUAAAGGUGAUUCCCAAAUUUAUAUCACUUGAGUCCUAACCUCUUUUCACAGCUCUCACUCUGUAUUUCCUGGGCCUACUUACAUGAUUCCAUUUGCAUGUCUCAUUGGUAUGUAAAAGUAAACAGGUCUGAAACCAAAUACCUUGUCUUCCCUUUGAGACUGGCUUCUCCUGACUUUCUACUUCCAUUUGGUCAAUCAAUGCCUCCCAGUCCCUAGGCUCAAAUCCUGGCACACUCUGACUCAUCUCCCUAAAUGGGCCCCACCCUCACCUUUAUACCUAAGCUAGUCUGUUGCCAAAUCCUUCCCUCUUUCUUGAAUCUGUUCUCAUCAUUUCCACCGCUCAUAUCAGACUCCUAACUUUGCUCUCAACUCUAACCCAUUUUAGAAUUAGACAAUCAAGCUAGUUUUCCUAAAGUGCAAUCCUGAUUUUGUCACUCCCUUGCUCAGAAACCUUCAAUAGUUCCCCACUGCCUACUUUAAUAAAGUACAAAUUCCUUACCCUAGUAUUCAAGACCCUCCAAAAACGGUUCCUAACUUUCUCUGUUAAUCUGUGUCCCACUACUUCCUAACAUGAACCCUGUUCUAAAAUCAACCCACAUGUUCAACUCCCAACAUACUAUGUACUUUCUUGUCUCUGUGCCUUUGCCUGUACUUUUCCAAAUACUAGACAUUCUCCCUGCUCCUUCUAUUAAAAAAAAUUUGUUUUAAUAUGUCAGUGGUAAAAAAUUCAUUUCCCUCCCUGGCAAGUCCCAUCCCUAUUAAGUUUUUUGAAAUUCCAGUAAUGUUAACCAUUUUCAGGCAUGCACACAAAUAUACAUACAUUUAUAACCAUAUAUAAUAAAAUCAUUCCAUAUAUGUAUGCUUUUCUGCAAUUUGCCUUCUUUUCAGUGAAAGUUGGUGCCUUUUUCUAACCAGCAUGUAUAGAUUAACCACAUUCUUUUUAACAGUUGCACAGUGUUCUAUUGAAUGUAUUAUACCAUAAUUUAUAUAAUAAGUUCCCUAUAGAUGAACAUAUAAAUUUCAGGGUUUGUUGUUGUUGUUGUUUGUUUGUUUUCUAAAUCAGUGCUGCAGUGAAUGUCUUUGUACAUUUUUCUUUCCAUACAUGCAUAGGUCUGUAUGACAAAUUCCCAUCAGUAGCAUUACUUGGCCAGAGAUUAUGUACAUUUUACAUUUUAAUAACUGCUAAAUUGGCCUCCUAAAAGUUUGUAUCAAUUAUACUUUUACCAAGAAGUGAGUUUGGGUGUGUAUUUCUCUAACUCUUGGCUAACCAAAAGUUGUUAAACUGUUUCAUCUUUGCCAGUUUGAUGGAUUAAAAAAAAAUUGUUUUAUUACUUUCA